AAAUAUUUCAGAUUCCAAAAUGUCUCCAAGAACCGGAUUUAAACUUCUAGGACGAGAGGCUGCAAGGUUGUUUGUAAACAACAGGAGUGUACUGCAGCCAUCUCCAGUUCGAUUCUUUCAGAAAAUGACAUUUACAGAAGAAACAGGAGGAUCUACUCCUGGUAACAUGUCAAUACUCUCACCAUCAGUUAAAGAAAUGGAUCUUCAAUCUGUAAUCUUUCAACCAGAGGUUGUGAUAUUUGAUAAAGACGGAACUCUUGUAUGCUUUCAUACAAUGUGGAACUCAUGGUGCGAACAACUGGCGUAUAGAAUGCGUAGUGUAAUGGAGAAGGAUAUGGAUGAUAGUGUUUAUCAGCUUCUUGGAUAUGAUAAUGUGGCAAAAAAGGUAAGGAUGGGACUCCUGGCAGAGAAGACCCACCCCUACAUCAAGGAGAAGCUGGAGGAGCUCCUGGUCAAGGAGGGGUUCAGCUCCUGGGAGGCCAGGAAUGUUGUUACUAAAACUUGGAAGGAUACUCCAGAAAAUAUGCAGAUAAAAAGCACGGGUAAUCUGCGUACUCUGUUCUCUCGUCUGAAAGAGAAUAAUAUCAAGAUUGCUAUCUGUACUUCAGACUCCAGGGAGGGAACCCAGGAGUUCCUGGAGCGAAUGUCUCUAACUGAUCUUGUUGAUCUUGUUGUUUGUGGAGAUGAUCCUGAAUCUAUUUCUAAGCCUGAUCCUCAUAAUGCCAGAUUUAUCUGUGAGAAGUUGAAUGCUCGUUUAAGUGAUACAAUAAUGGUUGGAGAUACCCCCGCUGAUACAAUUAUGGGUCAGUCUGCUAACCUAGGGCUUACAAUAGGAGUUUUAACAGGAGUUGGGUCUGAGGCAGAUUUAUCACAUGCAGAUAUCAUCUUAAAAGAUAUCACACAGGUUGUUGACUUGAUAACUCCAUCUAAGGAAGAACAUCGAGAAUCUCAUAAUGUGAUGGUCACUGCUCGGGGGUUGAAUAAGAUUGCAGAGCGAAGCUGUUUUAGUUAAAAUUCACUUUAAUCAAAACUUUUCAUUCACUGCUUAUCCCGCGGAUCAAAUUGCAUCUAAUAUUUAUCUAUUUAUGUAAACAUGCUUACAUUGCGAUUCACUUUUUUCGCACCUUCUCAAAAUACAAAUACCACAUGAAAAAUAUUAACAAGCUUGAGGCAUAAAGAUUUGAAGUUAAUACUCAUAACUAAAAUAUCUUCUGUUUCUUUAAGAUAUUAAAACUUUUUAAAUAUUAGCUGAACGAAUUGCCUUAAACUCUAAAACCAGGGAUUCGAAUAUUUGAAUUUGAGAUAUCAGUUGCAUUACCUGACUUCGGUUUAAUUCAAAACAAUGUAGAAGAAUAUAAUUAAACAGUUGACAAUUACAUUAGAAGAAAUGUUUCCUUUAAAAUCUCUGUAUGAUCAUGAUAGCCGCUAAACUAUAUCUGAAGGCACAAUGUGAUAAAAUCUAUUUUAAAUGUGAAUUUAUACAGGACUACCCACAAAGGAUGAAACUGUAAAGACGACCUUAAUCCACUAAAAUAUAACCACAAGGUUAAAUUAAGACUUUUGUCUUGAAUAUAGUCUUUUAAUUUCUUAUUUAUUGAUUCAAAAAAAAAAAUUAACAAGUUUAAAGUUUUGCAGGGGUGCACCUUGAAUAAAAGACAGACAUUAUAAAUUCCCUACAGUCGUCUCUGAAGUCUUAUCCUUUGUGGGUAACCCUGUAUGUCUUUAAAAAUGACUGUUAAACUUGAAAAUUAAUAUUAUUGGUCACAAAUCAUGCUUACAUAACUGUCACAUUUAUUAAUAUGUUUUCUUUAAACGCGGGGAGAAGAACACGCGGUAUUUAUUUUGUACUAUAUUAGUGCUAUACUAGUAAAAUUAUUACUUAUAUAAGUAAAAUUAUAUUCAAAAGUAUCAUAUUUAAAUAUAUAAAAUAUAUAAUAUAUAUGUU